UAAGACUGCAUUCUAGAAUUGAUGUCUGUAAGUAUAUAUAUAGUAUCUAUUGAUUGUUGGUUGCGUGGUUAAAAUAUGAGACUCAAAUCAAAAGUCGCGGUUGAGACUUGUGAGGCAUGUCAAGUUUCAUUUUUUGGUUUUGUACGCUUUGUAUCUCCUCCUAUUUGACAUUGUUAUUCAUUUUUGUUUUCUUUGCCUCUACCUCGGCCAAGUGAAGUUCUGCUCCUAUAUUUUCUUGCGCAUCUAUUUGGAAGUCGUGAAAGAAAAAAAAAAAAAUCCCAACGAGCUUUUUUUUUGUGCAAUGUAAUGGUUCCUCGGAGAAAAGCGGGACAACAAGAAGAGCGAUUAACUUUCUUCCGUGAUAAAGGCCAGUCUAUCUUGGCUGUCAUGAGAGCCAUAGCCAUAGACUAUCAAGCCGACAUGUUUGUUGUAGACAGCACGUAGAUGUCAGAGGUAGAGGAGCGAGGACACGAAUCUAAGCUCGCGGCCGACUGUCUUACAUGGAGUCAUUUCGCUGCUGUAUCGAUACGACUAGACUACCCCGUAGAUAACUUUAGACUCAUUUCACUUUGUUCAUUUCUUGUCCAUCGGCGGAGGGAAGAACAGCCAAGGCUGUCCAAGUCGGUUAUUAGACACAACCGAAGACGGCCAAUUAUCGAGGAAAUAACUGCGGCGCAUUUCUGUCUCACCCCGCCAACAGUCCGGAUAAAACACCAAAGUCUGUCGGUCAUGUACGGAACGGGUUCUCUCGGUUAUCGGCAAGACGAAUCGGAGGACGAAUACGAUGUCUUCGCUGAAGUGCAACGAGAAAGGGUGGUCAAGACUUAUAGCAAAGAAUCGGCCACUAGCAAAAUGCAGUGGAACACCAGGCAGGAGCAGGAACAAUUGAAAAGCUUCAGGGACCUGGCGCUAGUUGGCAAUGAUUCUACCAAGGAACCUCGAAAUAAAGGAGAAGCAGCAUUCCAGAAAAACCUGCAUCACCGACAAAACGGUCCGGCUGGCGUGUUGUUCUCCACAUUUGGUUCUUCGGCAGCAUCACACGAUACUUCUUCACGGCUGAACUCGAGCAGCGCUGGACACGCUGGUAGUUUCGCAAGCAGCAACAAAUUCAUGGGCAACAAGGAUGUGAGCCCCAUUUCGCAGAAAGACGAUUCCGAAUCCGCAUAUUCUCAUCAUUUCUCUUCCGGAUUUGGCGAAAGCUCCUCCGAACAGCAACACCGGCACAGCAAGGACAACAACUUCCCGGUGACGCUGUCAAGAAUGUCGAUUGGCGCAGCUUAUGGGGCGAUGAAGAGCAUGAAACCAAAUUAAAAUUAGAUAAGUUCGCCCGCGAAAUUCAAGGCCGCCCUGAAGAAAGACUGUAUCGAAAUCGAAAAUUAUUCUUUGUUGCUAUUUGAAGUAUUGCACGAGAUGAAGCACUUUUCUCAUAAUGGAACUAUAUAGCUACUCUAUGAACUUAUUAUACGACCUUUCUACAUAAAAAUCAACAUUUCAGCGUAUUCCGCAUUUAGGCGAGCAUAAUCAAUGAAUUAUCUAAUCGAACUUGGUGACCCUGUCAGUAGGCAGCCAUCACGUUUAUGCAUGCUCUUUGCAUUGUUGGUACACGAGUAACAAAUGCAAACUUCUGUUUAUUCCAAUAUUUAUUGUCCCCUUAAUGUUUCCUCGUGAAUGUUUGCAAUAACAUUUGCAAAAAAUAAAUAACAAAAUUAUGUUGAAAAGGUACGCGUAGAUUGCUGUAGAGUAAAUGCGCUUAUGCUGAUUACUGAUAUAUAUAAUAUGACUGAUAAACAAUUGAGAUUACGAUUUCUCUUUUUCCAGCUUUUUCCUUAUUUUUGCACACCAUUUUUUUUUAGAUUAUUUGAGAUUAUUGCUAUAGAUAGAAAUGAAUCUUUGUUAUUGUUAAAUUUUAAAAUGACUAUCAUUACAAUAUUAAUCAACUUGAAUACGAACACGAACAGCCAGUUUUCACUUCAUUCUUUGUGACCACUAAAUAAUUAUCCUAAAAAGUAUUUUCCUUUUCGUUUUCUUGAUCGGUCUCUGCUGUGCGUGUGCUCACGUUCAUUUUUGUUUGAAUUAUGAAAUGUGUUUAUUACCUCCAUAAUAUAUUGCCGAAUUCGAGCCUUCAUUUG